ACUGCCAGCCCGCCAAGCCCCAGACCUGGGAGGGAAGGCCCCUCUGUUAGCCCAGAGGGAAAGAAAGAACUGGGGCGAUCCGGUAGGUAAAAAAGGGAACCCCAGUUCAUUUAAUUUGGAGGCCUUCUGCAUGAAGGUAUCAAGGGAAAUUUUCCUCUUCCCUUCCUCAAACUGAAGAACACAUAUGUAAAUCUUUUUCCUGGUGAAGCAGGGGAGACCGUAGCCACAAAGCUUCAAUGCAUGCAUCUAACAUGGGGCUGGUUUUAACCCCAGCGCUCUGACCUAAACUGCUCAGCUCCCGGAAAUUCCAAGGAACCCGGUGGCCUUAGUCCUUCAGGAGGAACGGUGUGCGACAUGGGAAAGAAAACCAAGAGGACAGCUGACAGUUCUUCUUCAGAGGAUGAGGAGGAAUAUGUCGUGGAGAAAGUGUUAGACAGGCGCGUGGUUAAGGGGCAAGUGGAGUAUCUGCUGAAGUGGAAAGGCUUUUCUGAGGAGCAUAAUACUUGGGAACCAGAGAAAAACUUGGAUUGCCCUGAACUUAUUUCUGAGUUUAUGAAAAAGUAUAAGAAGAUGAAGGAGGGUGAAAAUAAUAAACCCAGGGAGAAGUCGGAAGGUAACAAGAGGAAAUCCAAUUUCUCAAACAGUGCUGAUGAUAUCAAGUCCAAGAAAAAAAGAGAGCAAAGCAAUGAUAUUGCCCGGGGCUUUGAGAGAGGUCUGGAACCAGAAAAGAUUAUUGGAGCAACAGAUUCCUGUGGUGAUUUAAUGUUCCUGAUGAAAUGGAAAGACACAGAUGAGGCUGACCUGGUUCUUGCGAAAGAAGCUAAUGUGAAAUGUCCACAAAUUGUGAUAGCAUUUUAUGAAGAGAGACUGACGUGGCAUGCAUAUCCUGAGGACGCGGAAAACAAAGAGAAAGAAACUGCAAAGAGCUAAAGGAGGGGGUGGUCUCUUGUCAUUUCUCUUUGUACAUAAUACAUUCACCUCCUUGCCUCCUGUCCCUUCUGCCCAACCCUUUCUUUCCUAAACACAUCCAUAAAAAAUGUGCUUAUCACUGUGCUCCACA